AUGCAUUCUUUAAAAUUACUAUUAUAUACGCUUGGUUUAAGUUUACUAUCGAUUUCACCUAGUUUACAAAAUUCAGUAAAAGGUCCACGUCGUCCUUUACAAGAGCCUGAACCCAUUAACUUUGUUGAAGAUGUUUUAUUAGAUAACAAUCCAAACAGUUAUUGUAAACCUCAAGGACAGAUUAGAGAUGCUUGUUGUGAUUAUCAAAGUAUUGAAAGUGUUCAAUCAGAUGUAUUCGAUAAGAUUCAAGAUUUAGCAAAUCUUUGGAAAGAAUGUCCUUUUUGGAAUGAAGAAGCUCUUUGUACGAAUCGAGACUGUUCAGUAGCUACGACAGAUGAGAAUACUUUACCAGUAGAUUGGCGCAAAGAUGCAUUAAGUGCUGUUCAAUUAUCACCUAAAGGAUCCCUUUUUCAACCUUUUGAGAAAUGUACAUAUAAAGAUCAGGAUUUCUGUUUAGUAGACGAUCAAUUAGAUUCAGAUAGUGUUGUGUAUAUUGAUUUAACUCAAAAUCCUGAACGCUUUACUGGAUAUGCAGGUCCAUCAUCCGGACAAGUAUGGAGGGCCAUUUACGAAGAAAAUUGUUUUGAUAUUGUUCAUCAAAUGACAGAAGGCUGUGAAACUUGUAACAAUAUUAUGAAUUUAGGUACAAAGUUAAAUUCAGAAAAGACAAGUAAAAGUCAACAAUCUGGCUUUGCUCAUGUUCCUGAUAAUAAGGGUGAAUUACAUCAAUUCCUUAAUAACUUGGCUGAAGAAUUAGAUGGUGGAGAUGAUAAUGAAGUUUGUUUAGAAAAGCGUGUUUAUUAUCGCUUAAUUUCUGGCUUACACUCGUCUAUCUCUAUUCAUAUCUGUAAUGAAUGGUUUGAUAGAAAUACUGGAGUUUGGGGUCCUAAUUUGGAUUGUUUUGUUAAUCGAAUUGGCUCUCAUCCUGAACGCUUACAAAAUAUUUAUUUCUCUUAUGCUCUUCUUUUAAGAGCAAUUAAUAAAAUGGGUCCUUAUCUUGAUAAAUAUGAAUAUCGUACUGGUAGCAUAGAAGAAGACAAGAAGACACAAUCUAUGGUUCAAGAUCUUAUCAAGAGUACUAUUUCAUGUUCUCCUACUUUUAAUGAACAUUCGAUGUUUAAGGGUCCUAAAGCUCAAACACUUAAGAUUGACUUUAGAGAUCACUUCCGUAAUGUGUCUAGAAUUAUGGACUGUGUAGGCUGUGAAAAAUGUAGACUUUGGGGUAAACUUCAAACUGUUGGAUUAGGAACAGCAUUAAAAAUCUUGUUUUCAUAUGAAGAUAAAUCAUUAGAUCCCGUAAAAAACCCUGAUCUUUUUGAAAGAGGAGAAAUUGUUGCUUUAUUUAACACAUUUAACCGAUUUUCUGAAAGUAUUCAUGCCAUCAAAACAUUUAGAGCAAUGUAUGCGAAUAAAAUGUCAGCAAAGGUAACAAAAAAAAAAAAAAAAAAAAAAAAAAAAAAAAAAAAAAAAAGCGUAUUAUAA